AUGACGAACCAUACGGAUGACAUCGUCCCCGGCACCGUACAUCUCAUUAACGUCGCCGGCCAGACCUUAGAGGGACAGCAUGGAGUCCACGGCAGCGACAUCGUCCUCGUCCCUCAGCCCAGCAAAGAUCCAGAAGACCCCUUGAACUGGUCUCAGCGCCGUAAAUUCUGGGCCCUCACCAUGGCCAUAGUCUACACCUUUGGAGUCAGCAUCCCUCAAACAAUGCACUUCUCUGUGAUUGCGGACAUUACUCGGGAUACGGGCAUUUCGACGGCUGAUCUCGUCCAAGGCAAUGGCCUCAUGUUUCUCUUCCUUGGGUGGGGGUGUUUGUUCUGGCAGCCUAUUGCCAUGGCGUAUGGAAGGAGGGGCGUGUACAUGGCUUCGACGUUAAUAUGCACGCCUAUUAUGGUGUGGACUGCCUAUUCGUCAACUGCCGGGGAGUGGUACGCUCAUCGGAUCUUGAUUGGAUGUGCCAAUGCGGCCAUAGAGUCUCUACCCGAAAUCAGCAUCGCAGACUUAUUCUUCGCGCACGACCGAGACACCUGGAUGGCCGUGUACGUCCUCGUCCUGUUUGCUUCGAGCUUCGUUUCGCCCAUCAUUGCCGGUUGGUUCGACGUGGCGUACGGCUGGCGAUGGACCAUGUUCCUAGGUGCUAUGAUCUCCGCGCUCGCAUUCUUCAUCCUCCUUUUCGGCAUGGAAGAGACAACGUACUAUCGACAUAGCAUCGAGGGCGAAGGGUUCCAGAACCCUUCCAGGUCCAUGACCUCUACAGGCAGCAACGACGACAAGAAGCCAGAGAAAGCCCAGAUGGUCCCCAUCUCAUCCAUCGAGCAUGAUGCCUCUACAACAUCCCCGUACCCAAAACCUCGAACCUACCUCCAAAAGCUCAAACCCUUCAUGCGCCUAAGCGGCCGCCCCACCCCCAAACAAGUCCUCUGGAUGAUGUGGCGGCCCCUCCCCAUCAUCCUCCAAUUCCCCAACAUCGCCUGGUCGGGCUUCAUCUACGGCAUCAACCUCUCAUGGUACAACGUCCUCAACGGCACCACCAGCCCCGUCCUCUCCGCGCCGCCCUACAACUGGUCCGCCGCCCUGAUCGGCUGCAUCUACGUCGGCCCCAUCAUCGGCUCCAUCCUCGGAUGCCUCUGGUCCGGCUGGCUCGCCGACAAAUGGGUGCUGCGCCUCGCGCGCCGCAACGGCGGCAUCCGCGAGCCGGAGCAGAGGCUUUGGCCGCUGGCCAUCGCGGGCGUCUUCACCUGCGCCGGCCUGAUCCUCUGGGGCGUCGGCGCCGCCCACGGCAUCCACUGGCUUGGCCUCGCGUUCGGGCUGGGGAUGCUCACCUUCGGGCUGAUCGUCGGCGGCAGCAUCGGGCUCUCCUACGCGGUGGACUGUUUCAAGGAAAUCAGCGGGGAGUCCAUGGCCUCCGUGAUUAUUAUCCGUAACACGAUGGGUUUCGGGUUUAGCUAUGCGAUUACGCCGUGGUAUACGGAUGUGGGACUGCAGGAUUGUUUUCUUACGGCGGGGUUUGUGUCUUUAGCUUGUAUGAUGACGUUUUUGGGCAUGGUUUGGAAGGGGAAGGCGUUGAGGCGGUGGUCCGCGAGGGCGUAUUGGCGGUAUGUGGAGAGUUCGCUGGUAGCGAGUCAUUAG